CAGGGGCCGACGGCUGCUGGGCCCGUGGCAGGAGAGCCGGGCCCCGGUAGGCCAUGGAUAGGCCCCUGGCGCUGCUCCCGCUCGCCGCGCUGCUGACGCUCUGCAUCACGGCUGGGACCCCCGCCGUUUGGGUGCGGGUGGAGAUGGAGGCCGAAAGCCUGUCCUUCACCGUCCACUGUGGCUUCCUGGGGCCUGGAUCGCUCUCCCUGGUGACCGUGAGCUGUGGGGAGUCGGAGGCUGCUCAGGGGACCAAGCUGGCCGUGCUGUCCCCACAGUCGGGUGCCUGGCACUGGGACCCUGACUGCCAGGCCCGCUGGGAGACCAGAAGCAGCGUCUCCCUGACCCUGAAGGGGUCAGAGGGCAGAAGCCUCGGCCCCAACACCACCUUCUGCUGCAAGUUUGUCUCCUUCCCCGAGGGCUCCCAGGAGGCCUGUGGGAGCAGCUGGCUCGGCGCCGACCCAGGGCUCCCUGCGCCUUCUCCCGCCUCUGGACUGCGGGCAGACCUGGCCGGGAUCUGGGGGGUGUUCGGGGCUCUCCUCCUCGGCUGCAUCUACCUCCUCCACCUUCUGUAUCGG